AUGGACGACCCUCCCAAAGCGGCUGCGGCGAAGCAUACGUCGAGCCCCGGGCCGGCCGCCCUCUCCUCUGACGAAGCAGCUAUUUUCCGCUGGCCCGCACCGGCGGAGGAGAAUGGGGAAGCGGCGCCCGACGGCUGCUGGACGGCCGUGUUCGACUACGAAGCGACAGCGGACGACGAGCUGAACCUUCGCCGCGGGGACCUGGUGGAGGUGCUUUCUAAAGACUCGCUGGUGUCCGGGGACGAAGGCUGGUGGACCGGCGUAGUGGCCGACCGUGUGGGCAUUUUCCCCUGCAACUAUGUCAGCAGAGGCGUGCCGGAGGAGGAGAGGCGGACCGCGUCGUCCCAGGAAGUGCCCCCCUUGCACCUCCUGGAGAUCGACUUCUCUGAGCUCACCCUGGAGGAGAUCAUCGGCGUGGGUGGCUUCGGCAAAGUGUACCGGGCGGUGUGGCGCGGUGCAGAGGUGGCGGUGAAGGCGGCGCGGCGGGACCCUGACGAGGAUGCUGAGCAAACACUGGCCAGCGUGCGUCAGGAGGCCAAGCUCUUCGCAAUGCUGGACCAUGCUAACAUCAUGGCGCUGCUGGGUGCCUGUCUGCGCCAGCCCAACCUUUGCCUGGUCAUGGAGUUCGCCCGCGGCGGCGCCCUCAACCGGGUGCUUGCGGGCAAACGUGUACCGCCCUGCGUCCUUGUUGACUGGGCAGUACAGGUUGCACGAGGGAUGCGAUACCUGCAUGAUCAGGCCAUCGUAACCAUCAUUCACAGAGACCUCAAGUCCAGCAAUGUCCUCAUCCUGGAGAGGCUUGAGUGUGAUGACCUGAGCAACAAGACGCUGAAGAUCACAGACUUUGGAUUGGCGCGCGAGUGGCAGCGCACCACUAAGAUGAGCGCGGCGGGCACCUACGCCUGGAUGGCUCCCGAGGUCAUCCGCUCGUCCACCUUCUCCAAGGGUAGCGACGUUUGGAGUUACGGCGUGCUGCUUUGGGAGUUGCUGACUGGCGAAGUGCCGUUCCGGGGCAUCGACGGCCUGGCGGUGGCUUACGGCGUGGCCAUGAACAAGCUGGCGUUGCCAAUCCCCUCCACUUGUCCGCAACCCUUUGCACGCAUCAUGGAGGGCUGCUGGAGUUCCGACCCUCACUCCCGACCACACUUUGCCGAAAUUCAGGACCAACUGACCGCCAUUGAGGAAUCGGGAUUCUUCGAGAUGCCGGCAGAGUCUUUUUGCUCGUUGCAGGAUGACUGGAAGCUUGAGAUUCAAGAGAUGUUCGAUCAACUUAGGACCAAGGAGAAGGAGUUGCGUUCGUGGGAGGAGGAGCUGACCCGGGCAGCGCUACAGCAAAAGUGCCAGGAGGAGGCGCUGCGGCGGCGCGAACAGGAGCUGGCCGAGCGGGAGAUUCACAUCCUGGAGCGAGAGCUCAACAUCAUCAUCCACCAGCUCUACCGAGACAAGCCGCAUGUCGAACGCCGCCAGGGAAAAUUCCGGCGCCACCGCCUUAAAAUCAAAGAUGGCAACAGAAUCAGCCUUCCACUCGAUUUCCAGCACAAGAUCACUGUGCAGGCAUCUCCAUCACGUGACCGUCGCAGGAGUUGUCUCAGCAGCAGCUCCAGCCCCCCAACCAGCCCACUGCUCCCUCGACUCCGAGCCAUUCAACUUACACCACAGGAAGGCUGCUGCGGCAGCUGGAUUCGUUCCGCAGGCGAAGAGGAGGUUGAAAGGAGGGGCUCCAGGAAAAAAGGCAGGACGCGAGCAUGCGGUCUGCAACGGGAGCACAGCGCUGAGGCCAGCGCAAGCCCCGCUGCCGAGGGUGGCCGCCAGCGCUCCUGCAGUGCCCCCAACCUGCGCCGUUCUCCCAGGCACAGCCCCGCCGUGCCAGGAGUGCCCAGCCUCCUGGAGACUGAAAAUGAAGACAGCUGCCUCGUGAGCAACUCGGGAGCUGGAGAGGCUCCGUCAUACAUGCGUCCACCCGGCCGAGAAGUCGACCCUUCAGCAGCGGGCGGGGAUCCCUCGCCGGACGUUCGUAUUCCAAACCGCAAGAGCCCCAGCGGAGCCCGCCGCACGGACCUGGCGCUACUGGGCUGCGGAGUCCUUCUGGCGGCGGUCGGGCUGGGCUCCGACCCGCUGUCGCCAGCUCGCCCAGAGGAAGGUGUCAAACCACGGCGGGACGCUUUCUUCAGACUCUUCCGGCGUGACAGUCCACUGAAAAUCCCGCCGUCCUCGUCCCUGGAUCGGGACUCGUCCACGCGAUCACUACUACGCUCCGACGUAGAGGACCUUCCGGCGCCGCCGCCCACCCGUCACCGCUGCAACGCGCUGAUCAACACCCAUUUGGAGAGCUUCAAGCGUAACCCGCGCCAGUCUCUUACGCCCACACAUGUGCCCUGCGUACCGAGUGCUGCCACUUCGCGGUCGGCCGGCUUGCGACGCACGCCGUCCGACGGGGCCAUCAGAAAGAGCUGCCCGCAUGGCAAUCUGGAACCUCUGCCGGAGCAAAGCGUCUUGGAGAACACUGGUAAGAGCACAAGUUGUUUUACAGACAACUUCCGGGCCGUCCCUCGCCUCCCGGACCCUGACAUGGUGUUCCCGCCCACCCCCCGCCGACGCUGCGCCCCCGAGCGCCCCAAAACCUUGGACAUCCUGGCACGACCCCGGCCCCGUCGCGACACCUUCCUUGCGCAGGCGCGGGGUUGCGCCGGGAGCGCUGACUCCCCGGCGCAACGCACCUCCAGCACUGAGACACCCCCUACUGCGGAGGAGGUGUCUGUGCCUUACUCCCCUUACAGGGGGCGCAACCUGCUGGACACGAGGGAUGAGUGGCAGUGCCAUGACAGUACUAUGCCGCUGCGCAGUGAACAUAGGUGA